AUGAAUGCUCUUGCAGCAACCAAUCGUAACUUUCGCAAGGCCAGCCGCAUUCUUGGAUUGGAUUCUAAACUUGAGAAGAGUCUUUUGAUACCUUUCAGAGAAAUUAAGGUGGAAUGCACAAUUCCAAAGGAUGAUGGAACCUUAAUUUCCUACAUUGGAUUUAGAGUCCAACAUGAUAACGCUCGUGGUCCUAUGAAAGGGGGAAUCAGAUACCAUCCUGAGGUUAACCAUGACGAGGUAAAUGCCCUUGCUCAACUAAUGACUUGGAAGACUGCUGUAGUAGAUAUUCCAUAUGGGGGAGCUAAGGGUGGAAUUGGCUGCAUACCGAAAGAUUUAAGCAUUAGUGAGUUGGAGCGCCUUACCCGUGUUUUCACACAGAAAAUUCAUGAUCUUAUUGGAAUUAACACUGAUGUCCCAGCACCUGAUAUGGGAACUAAUUCCCAGACUAUGGCCUGGAUGUUGGAUGAGUAUUCAAAGUUUCAUGGGCACUCACCUGCAAUUGUGACUGGAAAACCAAUUGAUCUUGGGGGGUCAUUGGGUAGGGAUGCUGCAACUGGCCGUGGUGUAGUUUAUGCAACAGAUGCUUUACUUUCUGAACAUGGAAAGAAUAUUAAGGACUUGACUUUUGUCAUUCAGGGAUUUGGAAAUGUGGGAGCUUGGGCAGCAAAGCUUAUUCAUGAGAAAGGCGGUAAGGUGAUUGCAGUGAGUGACAUUACUGGGGCAGUCAAGAAUCCUAAUGGGCUUGAUAUAGCCGCUUUGCUGAAUCACAAAGAAGCAACAGGGACACUGAUUGAUUUUAGUGGUGGAGACUUGAUGGAUUCCGACGAAUUACUUACACAGGAGUGUGAUGUUCUCAUACCUUGUGCUUUGGGAGGAGUUUUGAACAGAGAAAAUGCUGAUCAUAUCAAGGCCAAGUUCAUAAUAGAAGCAGCAAAUCAUCCUACUGAUCCUGAAGCUGAUGAGAUUUUGUGUAAGAAAGGAGUUGUUAUACUUCCCGACAUAUAUGCCAAUGCUGGAGGUGUGACUGUCAGUUAUUUUGAGUGGGUUCAGAAUAUUCAAGGUUUUAUGUGGGAUGAGGAGAAGGUUAACAUAGAGCUUGAGAAGUACAUGACAAAAGCCUUCCAUAACCUGAAGAACAUGUGUAAGUCACACAAUUGCAAUCUUCGGAUGGGUGCCUUCACAUUGGGAGUGAAUCGUGUUGCACGUGCUACAAUGUUAAGAGGUUGGGAGGCAUAGCGUCGUGGAACAACAUACAUAUAGACUCCCUUUAAUUUUUUGUACCGCCAAAUAUUUAUGGUCUAUCUUUAAUUUGCUUCAUAAACCUAGUCGUAUAGUUGAGACGUUCAACAGUUGUUAAAUAAUUCUUCACUGUUUUGUGGCUUCUCAUAUUGUUGCUACAUUAUAAAGUAUGUUCUGCAAAUUGAAUUGAAGAUAU